GUUGUUCCACCGCCGCUAGACCAGAAGGCGUUCUACAGCUUUUGCAAAGUUCGCUAAUUUUCUGGAGAGAGAUAGAUCCAUCCGUAAGACAUGUCGCUCACCCUGUGGAACUCGAGAUUCUCGGUGACGUUCGUGCGGCAGUAUGCGACGAUAUUCACGUCUGGCUCUGUUGCCACUAGCAUUCUACAAAACAAGUUCACAAAUUCAAGUAUCCUGAGUUUUCAUAACAACGACAAGCCAAGGCAGCGAACUCUAUACACGAUGCAGAGCAAUCGUCAGGGGAAAUCACAAAUGACCGACACCACAGAUUCUGCCAACAUAGGCGGUAUAGGAGCAGCUGCCGUUGCCCCCCAGCAUCCACACUGCGACAGGCAGACGAUGUACGAUCAUCAGCCCAAUCGUCAGCAGUCCUCUAGAGGUACUUAUGACUACGACCUGGUUGUGAUUGGCGGCGGCUCAGCGGGUCUGGCCUGCGCCAAGGAGGCCGUCCAGAAUGGGGCCCGUGUAGCCUGCCUGGACUACGUAAAACCCACGCCCAUCGGAACCAAGUGGGGCGUUGGCGGCACCUGCGUCAAUGUUGGCUGCAUUCCCAAGAAGCUGAUGCACCAGGCCUCUCUGCUGGGCGAGGCUGUCCACGAGGCCGCCGCCUAUGGCUGGAAUGUGGAUGACAAAAUUAAGCCCGACUGGAGCAAGCUGGUCUCCUCUGUGCAGAACCACAUCAAGUCCGUCAAUUGGGUGACUCGUGUGGAUCUGCGCGACAAAAAAGUGGAGUAUAUCAAUGGUCUGGGCUCCUUUGUGGACAGGCAUACCAUGGUGGCCAAGCUGAAGAGCGGCGACCGCACAAUCACCGCCCAGACAUUCGUUAUUGCCGUGGGCGGACGUCCCCGCUAUCCGGACAUUCCCGGAGCCGUCGAGUACGGCAUCACCAGCGAUGAUCUGUUCAGUCUGGACCACGAGCCCGGCAAGACUCUGGUUGUAGGCGCUGGCUAUAUUGGCCUAGAGUGCGCUGGCUUCUUGAAGGGGCUCGGCUACGAGCCCACUGUAAUGGUGCGCUCGAUUGUGCUGCGUGGUUUUGACCAGCAGAUGGCCGAGCUGGUGGCCUCCUCGAUGGAUGAGCGCGGCAUUCCCUUCCUGCGCAAGACGGUGCCACUUUCGGUGAAGAAGCAGGACAACGGAAAGCUGCUGGUCAAGUACAAGAACACGGAGACUGGCGAGGAGGGUGAAGACACCUAUGACACCGUACUCUGGGCCGUGGGCCGAAAGGGGCUGGUUGAGGAUCUGAAUCUGUCCAACGCUGGCGUUACCACAUUCAAGGACAAGAUCCAAGUGGACACAAAGGAGGCCACCAAUGUGGCCAACAUCUUCGCCGUUGGCGACAUCAUCUACGGCAAGCCCGAAUUGACACCUGUGGCCGUUCUGGCCGGCCGUCUCCUGGCCCGUCGCCUUUACGGAGGCUCCAACCAGCGCAUGGACUACUCGGACGUGGCUACCACCGUGUUCACGCCCCUCGAGUACGCCUGCGUGGGCCUCAGCGAGGAGGAUGCCGUCAAGCAACACGGCGCUGACGGAGUGGAGGUCUUCCACGGCUACUACAAGCCCACGGAGUUCUUUAUUCCCCAGAAAAGCGUGCGCUACUGCUACUUGAAGGCCGUGGCCGAGCGCACCGGCGACCAACGCGUCUACGGUCUCCACUAUUUGGGACCCGUUGCCGGAGAGGUCAUCCAGGGCUUUGCCGCCGCCCUCAAGUCCGGCCUGACCAUCAACACCCUGAUCAACACGGUGGGCAUCCAUCCGACCACCGCCGAGGAAUUCACACGCCUCAGCAUCACCAAGCGCUCCGGCCUGGACCCCACGCCGGCCAGCUGCUGCAGCUAAAUCUGCUCUUGCCCCCGGAAGAUACCCCUGCAGCCGGAGGGAGACACCGCCUUAGCCGUCGCUGCCCGCAACCAGCAAAUUGAAUUGAAUUGAGUUGUUGUUGCCGCGGCCCAGCGAUACAAAGUUUACGUUUCGUUUAAGUUUCCACACAAUUAGUCCCCCAAACACACAAUAGCCUCAACCUACGCCUUUGCCGAACCCCUUUCUCUGGGGCAAAGAUACACAGGAUACAGAGAGAGAGAGAGAGCGGGGAACGGGGACCGGGGACCUGGAGAUGGUGACCGGCGGAAGCCUGGAGGCCGCCGCAAGGGACCCCAACACCUGCUCCCUCCUGUUACCCGUUGACCUGUCCCAUGCCCCACAGUUGCACUCAAAAUUUUGAAUUUAUGUUAACAAAUUAUAGUACCCCAUGAAAAACACUAUCUGUAUGGUAGGAAAAUAUAAUUUUUCACCCACAAUCAGAA